GUCAACCGAAAUUGUUACACAAAUAGAAGAGGCUGAUAAAAUACUUUUAUCAAAUAUGCAAAUACCAACUCAUAUCAACACAUCAUGUCCUGAAGAAAUUUAUGUAAGCACGCAAUUCGAUCCCCUAAAUACUAUAG